CGGGCUCGGGUCUGGGGCGCCGCGGUAGAGCAGGCGGCUGCGCGGCUGGAGCGCCGCGGGGAGGGCUGCGUCGGUUGCUUUCUGCAGCCUCGUCUCCGCCUGCUCCCCUCGCCGUCCCCGGGGCGUUGUGCGUCUCCAGUCCGGGAUCCAAGCCGCCGGCCACAGCGGCCGGCCGGAUCCGCGUCCCGCCUCAGCGCCCGGAGGACAUGCUGGAGAGAGAAUGAGCCAGAGAGACACGCUGGUGCAUCUGUUUGCCGGGGGAUGUGGUGGUACAGUGGGAGCUAUUCUGACAUGUCCACUGGAAGUUGUAAAAACACGACUGCAGUCAUCUUCUAUGACGCUUUAUAUCUCUGAAGUUCAUUUGAACACAAUGGCUGGAGCCAGUGUCAACCGAGUAGUGUCUCCUGGACCUCUCCAUUGCCUAAAGGUGAUCUUGGAAAAAGGAGGGCCUCGUUCCUUGUGUAGAGGAUUGGGCCCCAAUUUAGUGGGGGUGGCCCCAUCCAGAGCAAUAUACUUUGCUGCUUAUUCAAACUGCAAGGAAAAGUUGAAUGGUGUAUUUGAUCCUGAUUCCACCCAGGUACACAUGAUUUCAGCUGCAAUGGCAGGUUUUACCACAAUCACGGCAACCAACCUCAUUUGGCUUAUAAAGACUCGGUUACAGCUUGAUGCAAGGAACCGUGGGGAAAAGCGAAUGGGUGCUUUUGAAUGUGUUCGUAAAGUGUAUCAGACAGAUGGACUUAGAGGAUUUUAUAGGGGCAUGUCUGCUUCAUAUGCUGGCAUAUCAGAGACUGUAAUCCAUUUUGUUAUAUAUGAAAGUAUAAAGCAAAAACUACUGGAAUAUAAAAUUGCUUCUACAAUGGAAAAUGAAGAAGAGUCUGUGAAAGAAGCAUCAGAUUUUGUGGGAAUGAUGCUAGCAGCUGCCACGUCAAAAACUUGUGCCACAACUAUAGCAUAUCCACAUGAAGUUAUAAGAACAAGACUACGUGAAGAGGGAACAAAAUAUAGAUCUUUCUUUCAGACACUGUCUUUGGUUGUUCAAGAAGAAGGUUAUGGAUCUCUUUACCGUGGUCUAACAACUCAUCUGGUGAGACAGAUUCCAAACACAGUCAUCAUGAUGGCCACCUAUGAAUUGGUGGUCUACCUACUCAAUGGAUAGUAUCGCAUAGGGCUGCUGUACUACAAAGAGGGAAGACCAAAAGAUUACAGUGGACCAUGGAAUAUUGAAGCCAGCCUGAUGGACAGAAGAAAAGUAGUUUGGGAACACAUAGCUGUGCUUAAGUGGAAGUUUGGUUAUAGGAAUUAAAGUAAUCAUACCACAUUACUUGGUCUUUCAGUAAUGUGAAUAAAACCUCGGAGCCUCCAAGGAAAUGCCUUUAGAAGCACUCCUUUCUCAAAAUUGCCAUUUUCUCUACCAUGUCUGCUAGACACAGUCGUGUUUAGUUGAUUUAUAUCAGUGAGAUUAUAGUGUUGUUUAUUCCAUGAGCACUUUUCCAGUCUUCUAAACAAAACCAUCCCUAAUUAUAUACUGUACUGUAACUAUCCAAAGAUAGUAUUGGCAGUCAUAAAUUUAUAACUUCUGGCUUUUAUUUCCUGUGAUAUUGUAAAAUAACAAUAACAGUGAGAACCUCAGUAUUAUUUUCACAUUUUCCUGAGAGGACCUGGAACAAUAUUUUAAAUUAUAUACUAUUAAUAGUCAUUGUUUUUGACAGCCAAUGAAAUAGUAUCUAAGUAUCUUGUGUAUUUUUAGCAUUAAAAUGUUUUGGUUUCCCCUGCUAAAAGGUGCUUGAUGUUUAGCCUAAUAUGGACAUUUAAGUUGUUUGUUAACAUAUCAAACUCACAUAAUAGUAGUUUGAGACAAAA